ACAAAAAGGUUUAGUGCGCCUCUCUCGCACUCGUGACUCGCAGAACCCAUUCACGACGCGAUGCUGGUGACUUCCGUGCUGUUCGCUCUCUCGCUGUGUAUUGCCACAUUGCUGUUCAUAUGGCGGCGCAAUCACUUCAACUACUUCAAGAAGUUGGGCAUACCGGGCCCGGAACCAAACCUGAUAUGGGGAAACCUCGCAGAGUACCACUCCAUGGAAAGCUACAAGGUUCUCGGUAAAUGGAUGGAAAAAUAUGGCAACACGUUCGGGUUCUUCAAUGGUGACGCACCUUUCGUCGUUACAAAUGACCUGGAUCUUAUAGAAUACGUGUUCAUGCGGAAUUUCAAAAACUUUGCGGAUCGUGGUUUUACAAUGAUGACGGACCAGAUGCAUCCCGUGUGGGGAAAGGCCAUUAUACAUGUCGGAGGCUUCGAGUGGAAGAACAUCCGAAGCACAGUCUCCUACAGCAUGAGCGCUGCCAAAUUGAAGAGGAUGAUGUCGCACCUCGAAGAAAACGCUGACAUCUUCAUAAAAUCUUUGGAAGAGUAUGCCGACACGGGCAGGGAGGUGCACAUGAGGCCAAACUUUGAGCAGCUCUCCAUGGACUACACGGCCCGAGGAGCGUUCGGCAUCAAGGAGCAUUUCCAGGGGCAACCCGACCACCCGCUCAUAAAGGUCGCCAGGAGUGUCCUCAGGGGCGUCAUGAAGGGACCGCUGCACAUGAUCGCACAGAGCACAACAAGAUUCAGAAGAUGGAUGAAACCAUUUUACUGGUUUACUCUGAUGAUAGGAGAGUUCACGUUCGACAGACUCUGCAAAGAAACGACGACAAUAAUUGAAAUGAGGAAGAAAGACCCCUCCCCUAGAAAGUCCGAUAUACUUCAGAAUCUGAUUGACGCAGAGGACGCAAAUGGAAUUGCGAAAAGAAACGGUGUACGUCACUCGAACGGAGCUUCCAUACAGAAGCAGGGGUCGGCGCAAGCAAUAGCCACUAGCGCAACAGUGGUGUUCAUCGGCGGGUUCGACACCACUACUACGUCACUGUGCUACAUGGCUUUUAUCCUCGCGAAGUAUCCGGAUAUUCAAAAAAAGCUUCGCGAAGAAGUCUUGGAAGCCUUGUCUACAUCGGGCAAGCUAGAUUACGAGACCAUCAUGCAGAAAAUGAAAUAUCUCGGUCAAGUUGUGGACGAAACGCUGAGGCUGUAUCCGCCGGGACUGCUAUUUGUGACGAGGCAAGCCAAAGAAGACUUCGAGUACAACGGCAUCAAGUUCAAGGCCGGAACUGCGUUUAUGGUGUCGCAGUACCACAUACAAAGGGAUCCUCAGUAUUGGCCUAACGCGGAGGAGUUCGACCCGGAGAGGUUCGCCCCAGAAAAUGAAGCCUUACUGCAGAAGGGCGCCUAUGUGCCCUUUGGCAUAGGACCUCGAAGCUGCGUUGGAAUAAGGCUGGGCUUGCUGAACCUUAAGUACACUGCCGCCAGAAUGGUGCAGAAGUAUCGCCUGGAACUGGGAGAGUCUCAGAUGGGUUCCAUGGAAAUCGGCGCUUAUGGUAUGGUCUCGACGCCUGGUAGGGGACCCUGGAUAAAAUUCUAUCGAGUUUGAAGGAGACCAAUCGUCGUCAUUCGUGGAAUCCCGUGUGUUACAGCGCCACAACUUUAUGCUGAACUAGGCGUUUCCCGGUGAAAGUGUGUCUAACUUGUUCGUGCGCUCAGUACUUGCAAAUGUGCUCUAUAAAAUGCGUGGGACCUGUAAUUUCUUAAAGGGAAUAUUAUUGCCUC